UUGAGAUUCGAAAAAUAGGCCAAAUCUAACAGAACAAGUAGAGAGAUCCUCUAAAUGUAGCUGUUUUUCACGUAUAAUGCAAUUAAUGUAGUGUACCAUGGAGAGUGAUGAGGAGGACCAUAAUGCAGUCCUUACAGGGUUCCUAUUUGGUAACAUAGAUGACCAUGGCCAGCUAGAAGAUGACCUGCUAGAUGAGGAGAGCAAGAGACACCUUGGAGGACUUAAUAGCUUAGGAGGACUUGGAACACUGGUCCAAGAAAUUAAAGAGAAUGAGGACCUCACAGAUCAAAGUCAAGAUGAUACGGAUGUCAAGGCAGAAUCAGCUGUUGACUAUUCUGAUAUCAAAGAAGUGGCUGAAGAUGUCCCACAAUAUUCUGCUACCAUGGCAACAAUGCAGCCACCACCAUCUAAUGAUGAUGAUUAUGAUGCUGCCCCUGGGGAAGACACAGACCUGAUGCCUCCCCCAAACUGGGUCCCUCAAGACUCUCAGGCAUCAACUGAUGAUGUUAAGACAGAGAACCUUAAAGCUCCACUUGCGGAUAUGCUGCCUGAGGAACUGAAGAAAGUUGAUGUACAAGAGCUAUUCCCUGAGUUCAGAAAGGGAAAGGUUCUAAGGUUCUCCCAACUGUUCAAGACAGCCUACCUGCCCAAGAUCUGGAAGCAGCACAAGAAGAGGAGUAAGGAAGAGUUGGAGGUGGAUGAGAAGAGGAGAGAGGAGAAGCUGAAAGACCCAUUCUAUGAUCCCUGGAGAUUGGACAUGGGUCGUGAACCUAAGCCACAUGAAGUCAUGGAGGACCAACUGGUUGAAUUUAUGAAACCAGAAGUUGAAGGUGAGAGCAAAGUGACAGGUGAGUCAAGUUCGAAUGUGGAGGAUGUCCCAAAGUAUUCUUCCUGGCGCUAUGGACCUGCACAACUCUGGUAUGACAUGAUGGGAGUAGACGAGUCAGGAGAAAAUUUUCAAUAUGGAUUUAAACUCAAGCAGGAGCCUAGAAAUGAAAAUGGUGAGGUGGUUGAGGUUGAAGAAGAGAAGCCGACUAUAACAUUCCCAGACCAAGCAUAUCACAUGGUUACACAGAUUCAAUGGGAAGAUGAUAUUAUUUGGAAUGGUGAUGAAGUACGUCACAAAAUUCUUGCAUCCCAUCGCCAGAGGGCAGCACCUGCUGGUUGGAUACCAAGCUCAACCAGUCGCACUGUUGCACAAUUUUUACAGCAAUCUAAGGGUGGUGGCAGUUCCCAGGCUGCAGGUGGAGGAGUGAAACUUGGAGGGCUCCCUAAUGCUCCCCAUAUGCUUGGAGCAGCAGAUGGUGACCUCCCUAAGACUGACAAGCAGUGGUACAGUAUAUUCCCUGCUGAGAACCAGGAGCUAAUAUAUGGAUGUUGGGAGGAUGACAUCAUCUGGGAUGCUGAGAAUAUGGAUAGAAUUCCAAGUCCCCCCAUUCUUACACUGGAUGCCAAUGAUGAGAAUAUCAUACUUGGUAUACCUGAUGACAAACAUGCCAGUAACGAUGGAACAAAUGAACCAGCGAAGAAAGAGAAAGAGAUGAAGAAGUCCAAGAUGUUGCUCAACAAGGCUGGCCUCAUUAAGGAAGAGGAUGAAGAGGAAGAGAAAGAGGAGGAGAUGCCAAAUAAAGAUCCUUUCAAUAUCUCUAAUGAUGAGUACUACAACCCUAAGCUGACACAGGAGAAUGCACUGAGGACAAACAUUGGGGCAACACUCAUCCAGCACUCCACCCCGGCCAUAGAGCUGAGGCAGCCAUUCUUCCCCACACACAUGGGGCCUACCAAGCUAAGGAGCUUUCACCGACCCCCUCUCAAGAAGUACUCAUAUGGGCAGCUGGUACAGCCAGGUCCACAUCCCGUGCACUCACUUACCAAAGCUAUAAAACGCAAAGCAAAAACUCGUGAGCAGGAGAGACUGGCGAGCGGAGGCGGAGACAUGUUCUUCAUGCGCACUCCCCAGGAUCUCACAGGAAUGGAUGGAGAGUUGAUUCUCUGUGAAUACUCAGAGGAAUUCCCUCCCCUUAUGAUGCAAGUUGGCAUGGCAACAAAAAUAAAAAACUAUUACAAACGAAAGACUGGCACUGACAAUACACCUAAGGAGUUUAAAUUUGGUGAAUUAGCAUAUGCCCACACAUCACCAUUUCUAGGGGGUCUCUCCCCUGGUGAAUCCAUACAGGCCACGGAGAAUAACCUAUUCCGGGCACCAAUCUAUGAACAUAAGAUGCCACAUACAGAUUUCCUAGUGGUUCGUACAAGAAACAGUUAUUAUAUAAGAGAGGUUGAUGGUAUAUUUGCUAUAGGACAAGAGUGUCCCCUACAUGAGGUGCCUGGUCCCAACUCCAAACGUGCUAACAAUUUUAUCAGGGAUUUUCUACAGGUGUUCAUAUACCGACUAUUCUGGAAAAACAAAGACAGUGUACGUCGUAUCAAGAUGGAAGAUAUCAAGAAAGCUUUCCCAUCACACUCUGAGAGCAGUAUCAGAAAGAGACUGAAAUUAUGUGCUGACUUCAAAAGAACAGGUAUGGACUCCAACUGGUGGGUUUUAAAGCCAGACUUUAGAUUGCCCACAGAAGAGGAAAUGAGAGCCAUGGUGUCCCCAGAACAAUGCUGUGGCUACUACUCCAUGCUGGCUGCAGAGCAGAGACUGAAAGAUGCAGGAUAUGGUGAAAAAUCACUCUUCACUCCUGAUGAUGAAAAUGAUGAUGACAACCAGAACAAGAUAGAAGAUGAGGUGCGCACAGCACCCUGGAACACCACCAGGGCCUACAUAGCUGCCUUGAAGGGCAAGUGUCUCUUACAACUAACAGGUGUGGCGGACCCUACUGGCUGUGGGGAGGGAUUCUCAUUUGUUAAAGUUCCCAACAAACCUAAUGCUGGGAAGGGCCAGGACCAGGAGCUUGAAAAGACUCCCGUCAAGAAAACAGUGACAGGGACAGAUGCCGAUCUGAGGAGGCUUUCCCUGAAGGAUGCCAAGAACCUACUGCGCAAGUUUGGAGUUCCUGAGGGAGAGAUCAAGAAGCUCUCAAGAUGGGAAGUUAUUGAUGUUGUACGUACAAUGUCUACUGAGCAAGCUAAGGCAGGCCAAGAAGCUGGCAUGACUAAGUUUGCUAGAGGCAACAGGUUCUCUAUAGCCGAACAUCAGGAAAGAUACAAGGAGGAAUGCCAGAGAAUAUUUGACUUACAGAACAGGGUGCUACAGUCAGAGGAGGUGUUGUCCACUGAUGAUGAGUCAGAUUCUGGCGAGGACUCUGAUUUUGAAGAGAUGGGCAAGAAUAUUGAGAGCAUGUUGUCUAACAAGAAAACAAGUUUGCAGGUGAAGCUUGAGAAAGAGGAAGAAGAGAGGAGGGAACUACAGAAGAUGUUGAUGGGAGGAGAUGAUGGCAAAGCUGCAAAGAAACGUAAGUCUGCUGGGACACCUACACCUGGUGGAAAACUGGAUGAGGAUGACCUCUUUGGUGGUGGGAAGAAGCUUAAGAUCACACGUGUGUUCAGAGAUGACCAGGGACGUGAGUUUACAAGGACAGAGAUUGUCCGGAAACCUGCAAUUAUUGAUGUCUAUGUCAGAGUAAGGCAGACUAAGGACAAUAACUUCAUCAAGCAGUUUGCAACAUUAGAUGACACACAGAAGGCUGAGCUGAAGAAGGAGCGUCGACGUAUUCAGGAACAAUUGCGACGUGUCAAGCGCAACCAAGAACGGGACAGACUGACACCUCCUCAAGCUAAACGCAAGAAGAAAGACAAUGCUAUUGUUAAGUUGAGCACAUUAAAAUUGAAGUGUGGGGCAUGUGGCCAGAUGGGACACAUGAGGACCAACAAGGAGUGCCCCCUAUACAGCAAGGGAGGGGCAAAUGCCCCAAUACCUGUUGCUAUGACAGAGGAACAGGAGGAGGAGGCCACCAACCCUGACCUGCUGGACCAGGAACUCAUCAAGGUGGAGGACACCAAGAUAAAACUCUCAAAGGAUCUCAUUCAACACGCUGACUCAGUUAGAAGGAAAGCUUUAGUUUUGAAGUUCCCAAAACAAAAUGUUGACAUUAAAAAACGACGAAGGGCAGGCACCACUGUACAUUGUGACUAUCUCAAAAAGCCACCAAAGCAGUCUAACCGAAGACGGGCCGACCCCCUCAUAUCACUCUCAUCUAUAUUUGAGAAUAUCCUUAAUGAAAUCCGAGAACUGCCUGAUACCCAGCCUUUCUUGUUCCCAGUUAACACUAAGCUAGUGCUGGACUACUUGAAGAUAGUGAAGAGACCAAUGGACCUCCAGGCCAUUAGAGAGUCUAUACGGGACAGGAAGUACCACAACAGGCAGGCAUUUUUAGAGGACCUUAACCAAGUGGUUGAGAACAGUAAACUUUACAAUGGCCCCACCAGUGUGCUCACCCACACGGCCCAGAAGAUGUUGGACCUCUGUUUGCAACGCAUUGCGGAGAAAGAGGAAAAGUUAAUGCGGUUAGAGAAGGCCAUCAACCCACUGUUGGAUGAUGAUGAUCAAGUGGCACUCUCAUUCAUCUUUGAGAGUAUUAUUCAAACUAAAAUGAAAGUUGUUGAAAAUUCAUGGCCAUUCCACAAACCUGUCAACAAGAAGUUUGUCAAGGACUACUAUGAGAUUAUAAAACACCCUAUGGAUCUGGACACUCUUCUCAAGAAUGUGCAGAAACAUAAGUACCACACAAGACAUGAGUUCAUAGAGGCUGCAGAGUUAAUAGCUGUCAACUGUGUCAAAUACAAUGGAAAUGACAGUAACUACUCAAGGACAGCUAGACAAGUUGUGGAUGCUGGCAUUGAAGCCUUACAAGAGCAAGAUGACUACAUUUCUCAGCUUGAGAGAGACAUCAAGGCUGUCCAGGAAGCUGCCCUGGAUGCAGCAGAGACAGACAGUGUUAUCACAGGAACAUCAUUCAACAUGGAUGAAAGCAGCAUGCAAGAUGUUGAGAGUUUGAACAGCUACAAUGUGUCCAAGGACAAUGUCACUAUAGCAGAGGAGGAUUCCAUGAUGAGCAAGAGUUACAUGAUGGACCAAUCACAGUCUCAGGGAGACUAUGCCGGGCAGCAGGAUGAUGACUUUGUUGAUGUGGAGAACUAUGAGGACCAGUCCCAGCAGGUUGGUAAUGAGAAUGAAGACAGUACACUGGCUCAAGAUCUACAGAUGACACCUGAUCAUAGUGACAAUGAAGGAGAGGAGCAGCAGGAAACAUACACAUUUAUUGACCCCGCCUCCUAUGGCACUUCCAGCCAAUCACAGUUCAACCCGCCGCAGGUGGAGGACAGUAAUGAUAGCUUUGAUCCUUCUGCAUUCUUCCAAAGCUCUGCAUUAGCACCAGCCAUGCAGGGUGAGCAUAGCACAGAACUUAACAAUGACCUGGCUGUCUCUGACUCUGAUGAAGAUGAGGAUGGCAAACAAGGAUUUGACUUUGGAGAAUUCUUUCAAACUGAAUAAUACAGGUUUAUUCGUUUGUCUAGUCAGGCAAAGUUUUACAAAAAUAACAAUUUUGGCAUUUUUUCAUUUGAAAGUGAAAUUUAAGUAGCCGUCGAUGCAUUCAAAGUGUCAAAUAUUUAUUUUCUUACCUAUUUUAGAUCUUCACUCAAGCCCUGAUAUUGACUGGGUGCUUUGAACUUAAAUAUGCAUCAAGUUCAUAGAACUACCAUACAUAUCAUAUGGCUCACUUUGUCCGACAUUUGAAAUAAUUUUUACACUGAAUUGAAUUUUCAUUUUUCAAUUUUAUGCCAUCUAGUGACAGUCAUUUAAACUACAUGUAUUCAGAUAAAUGAAAUGAAAUGCUGCGUACUGUGUCCCAUCUUGUCGAAACAGGAAUGUUUUUGAACUACUUUCACUUUUCCAGUGAUAUUGGCCAUUUUUGGGGCAAAGUUGUCGCAAGUGAACCCCCCUGGAAUUUUU